AGCAAAGACCAAGGCUGGUCUUUAUUAGUGGUUCAUGAAAUAAUUUGCUAAGACACAAACAAACACAGACACGUAAACAGUUACAUGAUCUGCAGUAAAAAACUAAAAAACUUUUCAACCUAUAUAAAGAAUAAACUUAUUUUAUUGAGAUAGCUCAUAACAAUAGAACUAAUGCUAAAUAUUUAAAAGAAAAAGAAAAUAAGUUUCUGAGUCUAGAGGGAAGGGAGAAGUGUUGUAGGGUUAGAUGAGUAAACCAGCAGAGAGGAAAGGAGAAAUUGAAUCUUUCCCGGGGUUAAACUCUCAGUCUCCUGCUGUUUUUGUCAGCCUUGUUUGCCCCUCGGAGGGUCCUCCGGUGUUGCUAGGGGAUGUGAGGCUUGCAUCAUUGUUGCUGCUCAUUCUCCCCUGACACCUCCGUUCACAGCACCGCCCUCCUCUGUCUCACAGCCUCCCCCAGUCCCCGCCUCGCCCACCCAUCCCUCCCCGUCUGCCUGCGGUGGAGGUCGCCGAUGAGUGGGUGAGCAGCGAGGAGGCAGGGAGAGCACUCAGUGAUGUAAUGCAAGACCAGGGCAACAGUCGGGCUGACAAAUCACAAUCAGGAGGAGAGGAGAGAGGGAGAGAGAGAGGGGAGACAGGAGAGGCGUCUCCUGUGUGGCAGGCAGCAGGAGCAGGUGUGACGUCCAUGGCAGCAGGAUGUCGGAGUCCUAAUCGCAGCUAAAAGCAGAGAGCAGGCGCCGACGGAGGGCUUGGACACUCGGAUUAUGAGACAACUGAAAAAGAGGACAGAAAAGAGGACGACAGUGGKAGGAAAGGACGGACGGAGGGAGGGAGGGAGGCAGAGCCUGGGAAUAAAUCGUCGCGGCCAUUUGCACCACUGCAGCUCCUCAGCCUGAACCACUGCCUGUCUGACUGUUCAGCUUCAGCCUGUCUGUCCUGAGCCUCGUCUCUCUGGAUCUUUAUCUCCUUCCUCUGUGUGUAACUGUGUGUGUUUCUUGUUGACUGUGUGUGUCUGUGUGUGUGUUUUCCUUUGACAAACAUGAUGAGACAGACUCCUGCGCUCCGGAAGACCACGGCCAGAAGGCCCAAGCCSAGCCGCCCCGCCGGCGGUGGGGGGAAGGGGGCUCCGUCCGGCUCGGCCUCGGCCUCCGCCGGUGAGAUGAGCAGCAGUGAGCCCAGCACGCCGGCCCAGACCCCGCUGGCAGCUCCGGUCAUCCCUACCCUCCACUCYCCCGGAAAUCUGCAGGCUCCCGUUCCCAGCAAGGUCAGCGUCGGAGCGUGUCCGUCUAACAGAGGUUUCUCAUUAAUGCCUGAAUAUAACCUUUAGUCAGCUCAGACAACAUGCAACACAGCACUGUGAGUACAAACCACAACAGAGAAAUCAGUAAAAUAAGUGAUUUUAGAGCUCUCGGUUUGUAUUGAUGCCAUCUGAGCUCGUUUAAACACAAGCCGGAGGCUGAAAGCAGUAAAGGGCAGCAUAAAGUCACUUAUAUAAGAAAACACAAUGUUCUCUUACAGCGGCAUCAAUUUAUUCAUUCACAUGUUUAGAAACUGUUUUUGCUGAAAACUCCUCACUUCAUUAUCAAUUAAAGUGUUUUAUGUGAAUCCAUCAUUGGAAAGAUUGUUAACAUAGGAAACUGUUGUUUACCAAAUCCAGUUAUAUCUGAUAUUAAGAAUAUUUUCUUCACCUCUUUUUGUGAUUUCCCCCAGAAUAUGUUUUUUUAACCAGAUUUGUUUUGCACUGUACUUAAAUAGGGCAGACAGUAAAGAGGAAGUAAAACUCAGAUUGAUAUUUAUUAUCGUUUUAAUAAGUUAGUGAAUAAUUCAGCUUCAGUCGUGAAUUUAUAAUUAGAGAUGUGGAUAACUGGCGUUUGUGUUUGACCCCCUCAGGAGGACGUCGUUAUGGAAACACAGGUGCAGAGAUGAGGUGUUUCUGCACUGGAUGCUGUGCGCUUGUAUUUCUGUCGCUAACAUUUGAACAAGCUGUCGGAGGUGUGAUGCUGGAGUGUGAGGCGCUCGCGGCGUAACGGGACUGAAUUAGAACGGCGCUGUGUGUUUCUGCGACAGCUGUGCAGUGGUGUUGUUUUUGACUGCCAUUUGCCAUUUUAAUUUUAGUCUUAGUCUUUUGAACAAAAAUACUUCUUAGUUUUAGUCAUUUCUAUAUUUAAUGCUUUUAGUCGAGUUUUAGUCGACGAAAGCUUUAAAAAAUUGUUUAGUUUUAGUCUUAAAAAAAGACAACAUAUUAGUC